UGUCAGUUUAUUAGAGUGGACGCAUUGUCAUGUCACUUCGGUGUCGGCGUGUUGGUCUAUUUGACUGUUGACUGUUGUUGAAGUUGAACGCGGAGUCAAGUGGCCGCUGCUGCUCUGUCUGUCAGGUAGCAGCAGCGGAGACAAGUCUGCAGGAAUUCAUCUCUUAGCCCGACUGAAAAACACACAGGAGGUUAUUGCAAAGCUUUAUGAGAAGUUGGCCAGAGUAAUGAACUCAGACCAGGAAAGGCCGUUUAUUUGCAACGCUCCUGGCUGUUCUCAGCGUUUCCCGACCGAGGACCAUCUGAUGAUACAUCGACACAAACAUGAAAUGACCCUUAAGUUCCCCUCCAUAAAGAACGACAACAUGUUAUCAGACCAGACGCCAACACCAACACGCUUCUUGAAGAACUGUGAGGAGGUGGGAUUGUUCAGUGAGCUGGACUGCUCCAUUGAACAGGAGUUUUGCAAGGCCCAAGAGGAAGAGGACAGUAAACAGAACAUCUCACUGCACGGCCAGGCAGGCCAAGGCCAGCACCAGCAGUCCCACUCACGAAUGGGCAACCACGAUACCAGCAUAGUGAUCCAGCAGGCCCUGCCUUCUCCUCAGUCCAGCUCCGUCAUCACUCAGGCUCCAUCCACUAACAGGCAGAUAGGGCCUGUCCCCGGCUCACUGUCCUCACUGCUGCACCUACGAAACAGACAGCGACAGCCUCUGCCAGCCUCCAUGCCUGGAACUCUGCCAGACCCAACCAUGCCUGGCUCCUCCGCUGUGCUGAUGCCCAUGGAGAGACAGAUGUCCAUGGGCUCCAAUAUGAUGGGUAUGCAAGGUCCCACCCACAGCAGCUCCUGUUCUUCCACUCACAUUCCCUCCAUGCACUCAGAGGCCAAACUGAGGCUGAAAGCUGCACUUUCACACCACCCGGGUGCCAUAGCCAACGGAAACAUGAAUUCCAUGGGCCACAUGAUGGAGAUGAUGUCAUCGCGGCAGGAGCAGGGCGCCCACCAUCACAUGCACUCACACCCGCACCAGCACCUGCAAGCCCCUCCCCACGCGUACCAGCACCACAGCCAUCACCACCAUAGCCAGGGCCAUGGCCAGGGUGGACACCACCACCCGCAGGGACACAAUCCCCAUCACAACUCCCAUAAUCCCCACCUCCAUCCCGGUCAUCCACACCAGAGCUCACCACACCCUCCAAUGCACUCUGCUUCACAGAUGUCACCUGCUACUCAGCAGAUGCAACCCACACAGACGAUGCAGUCUCCACCCCCAAGUGGCGGGAGACGCAGGCGAGUGGUGGACGAAGAUCCGGACGAACGUCGGCGAAAGUUUCUGGAGCGGAACAGAGCAGCAGCAACAAGAUGCAGACAGAAGAGAAAAGUAUGGGUGAUGUCUUUAGAGAAGAAAGCUGAAGAGCUCACUCAGACCAACAUGCAACUUCAGAAUGAAGUGACCAUGCUAAAGAAUGAGGUGACCCAACUCAAGCAGCUUCUCCUCACACACAAGGACUGUCCCAUCACCACUAUGCAGAAAGAGUCCCAAGGUUACCUCAGUCCAGAGAGCAGUCCGGCAGGCAGUCCAGUGCCAGCAUGCUCCCAGCAGCAGGUCAUUCAGCACAACACCAUCACCACCUCCACCACGACUGUAGGGGGCAGCAGUGUGCACGGGCAAGCAAACCACCGCACAGACAUUAACCCCAUCCACUAGGGACAAGAGACUAUAACCCUGGUUGUAGCCCCAGCUGCCCCUUCACACCCCUGCUUUUCGAGGGUAACCAGCUGCACAUGCUGCCCCCCCCCCCUUUACUCCAUCAAGAAAAACCUCAAAGGCCUGUGAGGCUGUUCUUUAUACAGUAGCUACAAUAUGUAUUUUUAUAGACCAACCCUAUUAACGCAUAAAUGUUUUACUUUUUUUUAUCUGCUUUUUUGUGCUUUUAGCAGAGAGGGAGUUUUGCUAAUCUCAUGCAGCAUUUGAGUAACUUUUUCUGUUGUGUAGAGGUACAAAAAUGGACCACAGUGGUCAUGGAACCAGAGGAAAGAGACAUAAGCCUCGGGCUGUCAUCUCUAUAAGCGACUCUUACAUGUCUGUAUGCCCAGUGGACUGAAUAAUGAGUCAAAUAUUCUCUGUGUGUCACUGUGGACAGUAUGUCGAGUGUCAUGCAGGAUUUUGUCAAAGCAAACUCUGAACAAGUGAGCAGGAUAUUGCUGUCUUUAAGUCGUCUUCAGGAAUCAAGUCAAACUGUCGCCAUGAUGUCUUGAAGACAGGAAUAUGCAAGCAGAUGUAAUUUUACCUUUCUUUCCUGUAUGACUGUUAUCCCUGUCAGUGGUAUUCCUAAAUAGUGUUAUGAAAUACAGCAUGAUGGUGAAAAUUUGAUCAAAUGAAAGCAAUACAUCCCAGUAUUGAUCAUCUACUAUAUGCCCAUGUAAUGAUCAGCACGGCCAAGCCAAUCUGAUCCCGAGGACAUACGAUGCUGUUACAGCUAUAGAACUGUACACUGUGAUACCAGUGAGGCAGCUGAGGAGUCGAAACAAACUCCUGCGCUCUCCAGGACCAACUGAAGCUUUAAUUAUUGAGGCCUCUUUUUGUGUGUUUGUGUGUCUGAAUCCAUGUUUUUUGGAUUCAAAUUCCAAAUGAAUAUAACAUAUUUUUGCGUGCAUCUGCACAGUUUUGAGCAUGUGUAUAUGUAUAGUAUGUGUUUUGCUUUCUUUCCUCUGCAGAACAAAGUUCAGCGGGUGUGUAAAGAGAGAAGAACAAAAAAAGUGUGAGAGACAGUGAGAGAAAUUCUGAUUUGUUUGACUGUAAUCCCAUGACUGGCAUAGUGUUUUAGGAUUUGUAAAGAGGAGUUGUUUAUGCCUGUGCUUUCCAAAAUGUCACAAUGUGCCUGAAGUUUUCUUAAAAUGUUUUGUUGGCUUACUUUAGGCCAAUUCUUUUGAUCUCCUUAAUCAUCAUCUUUAUUUCAAAACAAUCAAAUCCAAUUGAUUCUCAAAGACUCCAGAUACUAUAGAUAGUUGUAGUUGUUAUUGGCUUUGUCAUUACUGCGUAUUAGGGCAAAACCAGCUGACCAAGGAGAAAAAUCCUCUUUUUCCCUUUGACCUUUGACCCCUUCAUCAAUCUAGCUUUCUCACUUUCUCAGGCCUCCUCUGUAUUUCAGAUUGGCGAUGGAUGUACUUCCAUCUCCCUUCCAGCCUUGAAGCCUUCAUUGUUGACCAGAAAUCCUCUUCCUUUCCUCUUUCUGACCAGGAAUGUCAAAUAUGUUAGCAUGUUGACCACAAUGCACUGUGCUAUACAGUAGGAUGGAUUAAAUACAUUGCAGCAAUCGCAGAGCUGUCUAUGCACUUUUGUCCUCUGCUGCGCCAGAGGGUAGGAUAGCCAUAUUAAGGUCCGAGUAAUUCUCAGUGAUCCCCUUCCCUUUUCACACACCAGCGAGAGAGGCUAUAUGGAGAGACUGUGCCUGGCAUGCAUCACAUGUCUGUCGAUAUAAGGUCGUAUUGUGAGAUGAGGACCUAGAAUCAUUUAUUUUGUGUCCUUUUUAUCUUGGGGAAAAAAACAAAAAGAAAUCCAACUCCAGUUUUGUCAAAGAUGAAGAAAACUACAUGUGAAAUGAAAAUGCUCUUUACUUUCAUAUUAGGUUAUAUCAAAGUUUUGUAGAGGCUUUCAGACUGUUUGUCACAUCAUAACCUUAGCGUGUGCAGGAUAGUAUGUGUGUUGAUGAAUCUGAAAAAUUGUCUGUCUUGAAAAGGGCUUUGUUGUACCAACCCUCUGAAAUAAAGCUUGCCUUAGUUUUGGGUUUUCUUUAAGCCACAUCUUGAUUAUUUGACCAUUCCAAAUUAACCUCCUGCAUGUGAACAUAUGGUUAUGACCUCAAAACACUUACAACUGGAAUCAUUUGGAGGAUGUUGCUAUUUUAGAGUUAGAUAUGAGAGUUUCUAGUUUAAUGUUUGACAGUGGAUCCAGGUUGUGCUUUCAGAAAGACAUUUGUUACUGUAUAGGCAGGCAAAGAUGGAAGGACAGUAUGAGUGUGUCUGUGUGGAUUUGUGUGAGAUGAAAACAAUUCCUACACAUUAAUGAUGUUAUAAUUGUAUUAUUUUAAAUUUAAAACUAUAAAUAUUGUACAUAAUGUCAUUAAUUUCUAUAAUCCUGUACAUGUAAUGCAACCACCUUUCUUUUUGAAGGGAGUCAAUGUGUGGUACAUGUCUGUAAAUAAUGUUUGCAUAGCACUUGUUGCCUUUCAUUGUAUGUCGAGGCUCAUUUCAGCGCUUAAAUACAUUGUUUAUAUGUAAUGAACUGAUGAAUCCAUUCUUGCCUGCAUAACUUUGUACAUUUUUUUGUGUCUGUAAUGACAUUGUCUCCAUUUUUUGUUUUUUGCAUUUGUACAGAUGUUAAAGUUAUCACUGCAG